CGCUUCGAGUCCUACCUAAUGGAGGCCACAGGAAUAUAGUUAUUAAUAAGAGAGCAGAUUUUCGAUGAAAAAAGUACAAAUUUUGCAAAUUAAUUAAGGUUGACACUUUAAUCGAAAAUCAUAAAAAUGUUGGUACGAGUAUCCGCGAUCGCUUGUCGACAAGCGCUAUUAAAAACACACGUGAUAUCACAGGAAGUGAUUACGUGUAGACAUAUUCAUCUAAUCAAUCAAAUAAAAGGAACUUCCAGAACCAACUCUGUACUUAAUCUAUACAAAAACUGCAAAAACUGCAGAAUUACAGGAAUCCCUUUGGUUCGUUAUGCUAGUACCAAUGAAACACCACAGAAGAGUCCAUAUGAUGAAAUACCAGAUCCACCAACACCAGUAGAGGAAAUAAUAGAAAAUAUUGUGAAAGUGCAUCCAAAUGGAGAAGCAACUUUGGAAAGCAUAGGAUUGGCUAGUAGUUAUACUCCAGUGGGACUUAUACAAAAAUUCUUGGAAUUUAUGCACAUAAGUUGUGAUAUCCCAUGGUGGACAACAAUUGUCAUAGGUACUAUUUGUGUAAGAGUUCUUAUAUUUCCCAUAGUGAUAAAGGCACAGAAAAAUAUGAUCAACUUCAGCAAUUGCAUGCCAGUAAUAACAGAACUACAAAUGAAAAUGACAGAGGCCAGACAGAAUGGUGACCAUUUUGAAAGUGCACGAAUUGCGAACGAGAUGAUGCAGUAUAUGAAAAAAAAUGACGUCAGUCCCGUUAAGAAUUUCAUAGUACCAUUAAUCCAGGCACCAGUAUUUCUUUCCUUCUUUUUAGCCUUGAGGGGAAUGGCGAAUACGCCUGUGGAGAGCUUGAAAUACGGCGGUUUUUGGUGGUUACAUGAUCUCACUGUACAUGAUCCUUAUUACAUAAUGCCGAUUGUUACUUCUGUAACUAUGUAUAUCACAAUCGAGUUAGGUGCAGAUGGCACUAACCUCAAGAGUAUGGGCAUGUUUCGAUACGUUUUGCGAGCAGUGCCUUUCAUAAUAUUGCCAUUCAUGAUACAUUUCCCUGGUGCUAUCUUAACAUAUUGGGUAUCAACAAACUUUGUUUCUUUGGUGCAAACUGGUAUCCUAAAAGUUCCAUACGUAAGAAAAACUCUCGAUAUGCCUACCCGGAUAAAACAUAAAUCAGCAGCUGAUGGUAAAAAGAAGAAUUUCACUAAAGAAUUUCAAGAAGCCUGGACGAACAUGAAGAUAUCUAAGCAAUUAGCUGAUAGAGAAAGAGCAGAUACAGUACAAUUUAAUGCCGCAGGUAAAGGUCCUUUAGUUAAGACAUUUAAAUAUGAUCCAACAAAACAAAAAAAACAGUCAACUGUUCUCACGAAAAGUAGAUAAUUAUAAUUGUAAUUCAUAUGUAUUUCAUUACACAAUAUCCAAUAUAAUAAAUCAAUUGAUAGUUGUAUCUGUAUCAAAGAAAAUCA